AUGACGGCUUCACGGACCAGCCCGUCGUGGCUGCUAUCGGCGUUUGUCUUGCUCACUGUCUUGUCCUCGCAAGUACGCGCUCUCCAUCUGUAUAUGGAUGGCAGGCAGGAGAAGUGUUUCUUUGAGGAAUUGCCCAAGGACACACUCGUCGUCGGAACAUACAAAGCCGAGUCCCUCGACCGAAGCUCAAACACAUGGAGUCAAGAUCCCGCUCUCCAGAUCUGGAUCACCGUGGUCGAGACCUUUGACAACGACCACCGAGUCGUCUCGCAAAGGAGCGGGAGCGACGGCCGCUUCACAUUCACCGCCGCCGACGCCGGCCAACACAAGAUCUGUUUUACGCCAGAGUCGCAGAGCGGAAGCUGGUUGUCCAACUCCCCUCUGGUGAAACUGAACUUGGAUAUUGUCAUUGGCUCGACUAGCAAGAUUGAAACGGAGGACUCGGGCAAGAUGGCGGAUAUUGUCCAGCGCGUCAAGGAUCUCAACAGUCGUCUCGAGGAUAUCCGCCGCGAGCAAGUGUUUCAACGGGAACGGGAAGCCGAGUUCCGUGAUCAAUCCGAAGCAACAAACUCUCGCGCUGUCCGAUGGUCUCUGAUGCAACUGGUCGUCCUAGCGGUGACUUGCGCAUGGCAGCUGUCGCAUCUUCGCUCCUUCUUCAUCAAGCAGAAGCUGACGUGA